AUGCCCUUGUACGCCAAGGAUCAGCCUGCGGGCUUCACAAACGCCGUGGAGAGAAUUGCUAUUGUUGGUGCCGGAGGGACAGUGGGAUCGCACAUCGUCACCUCCCUGCUUCAAACCGGAAGACACACAGUCACAGCUCUCUCUCGCCCGGACAGUACCAAUAAACCUCCCCCGGGAAUUCGAGUCGUGACAGUCGACUAUGACAACGAAGACAAUCUUGUGACAGCCCUUCGAGGCCAACAAUUCCUCAUUAUCACACUUAGCCCAACAGUGGCCCAGGGCACUCACAGCAAACUCGUCCGGGCCGCCGCCAAGGCUGGGGUCCCCUACAUCAUGCCCAAUGGCUAUGGAGGGGACAUUGAACGGGUGAAACAGGGCAAAGAGAGCAUGCUCGGUCCCAUCGCAAAGGCGCAUCGGGAUGAGAUCGAAGCACUUGGUAUGCAUUGGAUCACGGUCUGCUGCGGCUUCUGGUACGAUUACAGUCUCGCCGGCGAAGAGCUGCGCUUCGGAUUCGACUUUACCCGGAAGGCCUUGACCCUGUAUGACGAUGGCAACACGAAGAAUACCGUGUCUACUUUGUCACAAGUUGGACGGGCGGUGGCCAAGCUGCUCAGUCUCAAGGAGCUUCCGGUGGAUGAAAAGGACGAGAGCCUCACAUUAUCCCACUGGCUGAACAAGGGUCUCUAUGUGACCAGCUUCACCAUCAGUCAGAGAGAGAUGUUUGAAAGUGUCAAGCGCGUGACAGGCACCACGAACGACGACUGGAACGUGACUCAUGAACCCUCACAAAAGCGAUAUGAAGAUGGUCUCGCACUUUUGAAAACAGGGAACAGACUCGGGUUUGCCAAGCUUCUGUAUGCCAGGGGCUUUUUUCCUGACGACCCCAGUCAGUUUUCGGAAAAGUCAGAAAAUGAGCUCCUGGGACUGCCUGAGGAGGAUCUUGACAAAGCUACCCAGGUUGGUAUUGACAUGGUCCCGUCACGGGCACGUGAACAGCAGAUUGCGAUGUCGUGA